AUGCCUCAAGUACCCUUGUCUACCCCUGUGUAUGUCAACGAGCAGCUCUAUCAUGUCGCCCAGUAUUUGUACGCUACACGGCCCAGGACGUUGGCGGAUGACGUUCCAUCGGAAACCGUUUCAGACCUUGUUGCACGGUUGGUAGAGGUAGGUACCAAUGAUGCGGAGGCCACUUCGGGUAUCGCUAUGACAGCAGACUACCUUGCGUGGGCUCAUCAUUCGCCGGUGCCGCCGCUUCGUACGCGAGACGACGUGGCACGCGUCAUGAAUCAGCUUGUGGCAUGGAAAUAUUUGCAUGCAUUAGAUGGCACCUCGUCCACCUUCGACGUACAUGAUUGGCCUUGGACAGCGCUGCGCCUCCAAUGGACCCGCGAUCCCCGCUGCGCUGGUAUUGCGCCGCAUCUGGACAUCUUAGACAUCGAUGCGAUUCAGGACUAUGCACAUACCUCGCUGCAUGUCACAGCGCCUGUAUACGAGAUACUAUCCAAGUGUCUUUACGCGUGGCUUCUUCGCGUUAUGUACGAACUAACGAUCGUCGCUGAGCGUGCGAAGCUCAAACACCCUAUGGACAAACACACCGUAUGGACCACUGUAGCCCGGCUGGGAUACGUAUACCCUGAGUACCAUACGACAGAGGAGCCUCCGAGUGAGGAGAUCGCAUCGCAGGACAACACAGAUGGAGCACCACCUACCGUUCAUGGCUGGAAUGCCGAUAUGCUGCAUGCCAUUGCCGAUGUGGCAACACAUUGUGAUGCGCCUGUGGCUUGGACCCAAUCCAUACCACAAAAUGUACCGGGUCUUGCCACUACGUCGUCUCUUCGUGUGCCGGACGAUUGGGAUGCAUCCAGCAGCGACUCGGACAGCGAAUCUGUAUCGUCCUCUCCAUCGACAGAGAUGGCAAGUAGCGCAAGUGCGCUCUCCGAUACGUCGUAUGCCACGGAUACGCUGGUGGACGAUGACACGCCCUAUGAACACAUCGACCCCAACGAUGUAAUUGUACCGUGGGAGCGAACGGCCGGGCCAAUACCUUCGCCAGCAUCGAUGGAGAACGUGACCAGUGAGUUUGUCGACGAGUGUAUCGAUGUCGAACUAGAUACCCAUGUGAAUGCUAUGGAUGAGAAAGCAGAUCAAGCGUACGAAGAGCGUAUCUUCACCCAGUGGUUCGCCCUUAGUCCUGCAGGUACGACGGAAUGA